AUGAGGGUUGUGGAAAGUGGCACGGCGCUGUCGAACCAGACUGAAGACACCCAGGACGUGAUUCGUAAGGCCGAGAAUCUGAUUGGCGGAGGACAUGAAAAUUUCGGGAGGGCCAUUUUUCUUCUCAAGGUAGCGGCACUGGAGAGGAAUGACAUUGGCGCUCUGUGCACAUGUGUGGAGCUUUUGACGAAUUUGGAGUCGACAAGGAUGAAUGCAGGGACAUCGAACUCGAGAGAAGCGGCGCAAAUGAUCAAAGCUUUCUUUCAUGCUAAGUUGCAUACAAGCUUGACAUCUACGUCAACACGCGGUGACGAUGGGUUUGAGAAGUUGUUUGAUUUGUUUACGAAGCUAGUGAUGGAGCAGAGUUGUGAUGGAGUGAUCGUGGAUUUGUUCGUAGAUGCGCUCCAAGAUGCGAUUCGGUUUGACGUGGCCGGAAACCUUCGAAAAUUUCAUGCAUGGAUACGAAAAGCGAUUGUGUGUUCCCGGAAAUGGAAUCAGUUGGACAAGCUUGCCAAUUUUUCGGACUUGGGGGUUGGAAAUAGCGGGGAUGUGAAGUCGAGGGAAGCAAAAGGUGAUGGUGCUGGAAAGGAGGCCUUUUUCUCCGAAGGAAAGGUGACCGAGUGUGACGAUAUGACGUAUGAUCUUGUUGGCAAGGCUUUACUGGAACGCAUGAUAAGCGAAUACGCGACGUUGUCUUCAAGAGAAGGAAUUUGGAUUGUGCUGGGUACUGCCGGACAGGGGGCUCCUCGGUAUGCGAGAGAGAGACAACAUGCGGGAAGUCAGGAUGAGAAUUCAAGCGCAAACGCCAUGAUGAAGCUUGGAAUUAUUUUCUCGCUAGGGGCACGAGGGGUGGGUCGUGACGCUCCACAAGCCAAACUUCUAUACGAGACUGCGAUCGAAGAGAAUGAAAACUGUAUGGCGAUGUCAAACCUCGCUUCUUUGUUGAAACAAGGUGCCGAAGGAGUAAAGCGUGACGCAGUGCGAUCUAUGGAGCUGUAUGAGCGCGCUAUCGAGAAGGGUGAGGACGUCGGUGCGAUGUAUAACCUGGGUGUUUUGCUCGAAGAAGGUGCCGAGGGAGUCGAGCGUGACGCAGUGCGAUCUAUGGAGCUGUAUGAGCGCGCUAUCGAGAAGGGUGAGGACGUCGAUGCGAUGUAUAACCUGGGUGUUUUGCUGAAACAAGGUGCCGAAGGAGUAGAGCGUGACGCAGUGCGAUCUAUGGAGCUGUAUGAGCGCGUUAUCGAGAAGGGUGAACACGUCGGUGCGAUGAAUAACCUCGGUUUUUUGCUCUCAGAAGGUGCCGGAGGAAUAGAGCGUAACGCCGUGCGAUCUAUGGGCCUGUAUGAGCGCGCUAUCGAGAAGGGUGAGCACGUCGAUGCAAUGGUGAAUCUCGGUAAUUUGCUCGCAGAAGGUGCCGAAGGAGUAGAGCGUGACGCAGUGCGAUCUAUGGAGCUGUAUGAGCGCGCUAUCGAAAAGGGUGAGCACGCCGAUGCGAUGAAUAACCUCGCUGUUUUGCUGGAAGAAGGUGCCCAAGGAGUAGAGCGUAACGCGGUGCGCGCCGUGGCAUUGUAUGAUCGUGCAAUGGCGAAAGGAAAUUCCGGUAACGCGACUUGCAAUCUUGCGAUGACGUUAAGGGACGGGGCGGAAGGGGUGGAGCGCAAUGCGGUGCGUGCGGUGGAGCUGUUUGAGAUGGACAUCAAGGAACGGAAGCAGAGCAAGUCAAUGGUGUGUCUUGGAAACAUGUUGCGGGACGGGGCGGACGGGGUGGCCCGCGACACGGAUCGGGCGAUACAGUUGUACGAGAUGGCGGUCGAGGAAGACAACAACGCGGAGGCGGUAGCCCAACUUGCGGCGUUGCAGCGGGACAGAUCAGACAGCAGUACGCGGGACGAGGGUGAGAGAAGUUCUCACUCACCCUGUAUAUAUGUUCUGGUGGGAUCCGGGUUAAGGUGGUGA